AUGGAGCAAUUACAGCCCCAGCAUAAGCCGGUCAAAUGGAAGGUCUUGUCCAAGAAGCAGGAAUACCGAUACAAAAACUGGCGGCUCGAAGCGAUGCGAUAUGGCCGCUCUAGGAGACCAAACCUGUUCUUCAGCUUGUCCCUAGUCGCCUUUGUUCUCUUUUGCCUCCGAUACAUGGGUUACCCCCCCUUCAGGAGGCAAACGGUCUUUGAACCCAGCAACAACUUUGAGCCAGGGAGCGUCCCCAAAGAUGGUGUCGAACUGGUCGUUGCGAGCAUAAAGGAAGAAAAUAUGACUUGGCUGAAUGAUUACCUCCCCUACUGGAAGAAGAGCAUAUACAUUGCAAACGACCCGACGGCCGAACUAACAGUACCCAAAAAUAAGGGCAAGGAGGCAAUGGUUUACCUGACCUACAUUAUCGACCGAUACGACUCCCUACCCGGCAACAUCAUUUUCCAUCACGGCGGCCGCUUUCAGUGGCACACGGAUGACCCUCACUACGACGGCUUACCACAACUGCGCGAUUUUCGUCUUCAGCACCUGAAAAAAGUAGGCUACGCCAACCUUCGCUGUUCAUGGCUGCUCGGGUGCCCAGCAGAAAUCAGUCCCGAGGUGAACGACGAUCCCGAUCCCAACACCCCUGCCCACGCCCAGCAUGUGUACAAGAAAGCAUUCAUGGAAUUGUUUCCCGGGAAACAGGUCCCCGAGGUAGUCGCCGUGCCUUGCUGCGCCGAGUUUGCGGUCCGUCGGGAAUUAAUUCGCAAGCGGCCCCGGAAGGAUUGGAUUCGCUACAGAGAGUGGCUGAUGAACACGGAACUGGAUGACAAGCUGAGCGGUCGAGUCAUGGAGUAUUCCUGGCACAUGAUGCUAGGAAGGCAACCGGUGCACUGCCCCGAUGUGAAGAAGUGCUACUGCGAAAUGUAUGGAAAGUGCAAUCUAACGUGCGGUCGAAAUGCGUGUGUUGAUGCCAGGCUGAAGGUGCCGUCUAGUUCGGGAUCCCGGGCUUUUUGGGAACUGACUCCACUCUGCGGCAUGAUAUGCGAGGGAGCAGUUCCAGUCAAGUAUCAGGAGCGCAGGUUUUCUCGUAUGGCUCACUGA